UGCGUAUAUCACCAUGCCUUUGUCAAAAGUUAAUCGAAUGAUUUUAAGUUUGUUUAUGUGCUAUCUUCUCUUUGAUGGGGUACGAAGCAAGCGGUUUAAUUCGGGGACCAUCACCCAUGAGGUUAUGUGGGAUCCACGAGAAAACGGAGGGUUUGCUUUCGGAAACGAGUUCAGCAUUGAGGUUCAUAUGCGAGACUACAUGAAUAUUCACUGCCCUCAGUAUGAUCAAGAUGAUAAAGCUAAGCUUAGUUUCAUCAUCUACAAUGUCAGCGAACAAUCAUACAACAGUUGCUCUCUCACUGAUAUGAAAACUGCGAUUUUUAAGUGUGACAAUCCAGUUAAAGGACGCAAGCUCACCACCAAGUUUCAACGAAGAAGUCCAAACCCACUGGGAUUCGUAUAUCAACCAAAUAAAGAUUAUUUCUUUAUGGCAUUCAAAAAAGAUGAACCUCAGAAUUGCAAAUCAGCGAUGAAAAUGAAAGUUCAUGUUCUGCCGAAAAGACUGCACGAACACGACCGGAAACCAGUGACUGCAGGUACAACACGGUCGUCAACGCCAAGGACACUUUCGUCAACCACUACUACUACAACAAUAGCAACAACAACAACAACAACACCUCGAACAAGUCAGAAACCCCAUAUACCAAGACAGAGCUCGACAAGAAAUACUCCGCCCACAAAGACGCUCAAACCUGGAUAUGUCCGGGGCGACGGUGAAGGUGACGGCCCGGGUGGCGGGGUCGGUAGAAUUACUUGCGCCACCACGUGGAUGUUAGUUGCGUUAGUGCUGACUGUUCUGUUACAAAACUGAAGCCCAAUGCAACUCCAUUAUACGUUCUUGCACGUUACUGAAAGAAAAGUCGAAGGUAGUUCGCCAUGUGCCAACUCUAGCUGAGAGAGACCGAAGGACAAAUGAUACGAGACAUAGCUUUUUAUAAACCGGUUGUGCGCUGGCCGUACAAUUUAAGGUGUAAACAGGCAUAUACAAGGUGAUACAUACGAUGGUAUCGUCGCUUUGAGUAUGACAAUGUGCCUGCUCUUUUUUUAAGUCACUGUGAUUGUUUGUAUGUUGUAUGUUUUGUGAUUAUGUUGUUAUUAUUAUACGAUCGAAGGUGCUGAAUUAACUGUCCCCCGCUUUUGACUAAUACCACAAAUUUUAUAAAAAAAGGGCUGCUUUUUUUCGACACUCGCCAACUCAAACAAAAUGGCCGAUUCAAAACCCUCAAAAAACGUAUCAUUUUCGCACCAGGUUUCCUUUUGUUAUAGACGUAAGUGCUGAUCAGUACCAAGAAACUCCUUUUCAAGCGUUUUGCGUAUUGAAUUUGGUUCUAAACAAUAUUUAGAUUUUCGCUACGCUGUUAUAUUAGUAAUUUUUCUUUUGACUCACAUUUUCAAGUUUUUGUUUGAUUUCAAUAAAUUAACACUGC